AUGUCCAGCUCUACUCCCCACACCGACAUCGAUAAGCGGGACUUCGAUGCGAACCGGCCCCUCCUCGAAGAUGGAAACACGGACGGAUCUAACGCGGGACCCAGCCUAGCUAUCGCACGGUCCAGGGCGGGGUCACGUCGUUCACGACACUCUUCACGUUCUGGAUUCGGUGCGGCCAGUGAUGACGGACUGCUGAGCGACGUUGUGGAGGGGAUCGUUGAGCGCGACCGACGGAAAAUGCACAAUGAGGUUAUACGGGUCAUUAGCUUUAUUUGGGGUGUUAUCACAUGUCUGGGUGCGGGUAGCAUUACUGCGUUUUCUUUAUACGGGCACUUGUUGCUGACAAGACUUCAUUACACUCAACUCCGGGUCAAUGCGAUUUCCAUUGCGGCAGAGAUUGCGAUGUAUCUCCUCGUUCCCUUGUUUGGAUACUUGUGCGACCGAUAUAGUCCGUCGCCGCUAUCCUUGGUGUCGGGUGUGCUGUUUGGAUUGGGGUAUCUUCUCGCUGCGUUCACAUAUAAAAGUGGCCCUCCGCCAGACGCGGGAGGCUCGGGUUGGCCAUUUUGGGUGAUGAUUGUGGCAUUCAUUGCUAUUGGCAUGGGCACGAGCUGCAUGUACCUCGCUGCUGUGGCUACCUGUGCUAAGAAUUAUGGCAGAGGAAAGCAUAAGGGAAUCAUGCUUGCAUUGCCAAUUGCAGCUUUCGGGUUGAGUGGUAUGUGGCAGAGUCAGUUGGGGACAUAUGUACUGUGUGAACGUGAUGUUGAUGGUAAGUGUGGUGAUGUGGAUGUGUUCCGGUAUUUCCUUUUCCUGGGGGUUGUCCUACUGGUGACUGGAAUCAUCGGAACCUUCGCCUUGCGUAUUGUGGAUGAUGACGAGGAGGAGCGAUAUAUCGAUGAGACUGUUGAGGAUUUAGAACGCAGUGGACUUCUUGAGGAAAGCGAUUUCUUCCGACCCAGGGGUGAGAUCCGGACAGCCGUGGAGUACGGCACCUUUUUGGAUAAUAAUGAAGAGGCCACUCUAUCGGAGGAAGAGCGGCAGGAGAGACAGCGAGAGAAAGACAGGGAGGAGGAAGAACGCCGAAAGAAGAACUGGCUGCUCAACUACGAAACUCGAGUUUUCCUCCUCGAUCCCACCAUGUGGUGGUUGGCUGCUGGCUUCUUCCUGGUUACUGGACCUGGAGAGUCGUACAUCAAUAACCUCGGCACUAUAAUUCCAACUUUAACACCUCCAUCUUACGCCCUCAAUGCGCCCCCACCAGCCGGUCUUCCAUCGACUCAUGUCACCACCAUUGCAUUGACCUCGACCAUUGCCCGACUUCUCACCGGCUCCCUUUCAGAUUUCUUCGCUCCGGCAGCAACACAUCUAUUCCCUCCAAUCCCAGACAGCCGCCGACACAUAGUUACAGAAGAGAAUAACCGCCCCACAUUUUCCCGAAUGGUCUUCCUACUACCAUCGGCCCUUCUCCUUUCCAUCGGCUAUCUAAUCCUCGCCAGUCCUCUUGCACUGAAAGAACCACCUCUCUUCCACUUGACCACUGCCCUCGUCGGCUUCGGCUACGGAAGUGCCUUCUCCCUCACCCCAAUCAUCAUCUCCGUGGUAUGGGGCGUUGAAAACUUUGCCACAAACUGGGGUAUCGUGGCUAUGAUGCCUGCUAUCGGCGCAGCACUCUGGGGCGUGAUUUAUUCUGCUGCAUACCAGAAUGCCCUAGAGGAUGGCAGUGGCAGUGCUGAUGGCCAAUGCCAUGGUUGGCGAUGCUAUGGCUUCUGGGCUGUCGGUUGCACUGUGAGUGUCUGGGUUGCCAUUGUGGCUUGGCUAGCUGCUUGGAGAGGUUGGAAACGACGAGGUGUAGUUGUUUAG